AUGUCUUCUUCUUCCUCCAAUGAACUCAUCCUCACUAGCUCCCCUGACGGGCCAAUCAUGGUCUACGAGACGGUUAGCCGCACCGCCGUGACACGGUUCUCCAGCAGCCGGUCACCGUGCCGCGGCCUUACCACGGUGGGCCGGAGAUUGUUGGCAGCCUCACACGUGUCAUCAGACACGGGUGCAGGCUCCAUCAACAUCUACAACUGGCACGGUUCUUCUGUGUUUCGUAACUUCCCCGUGCCAGAACCCAUUGCCCCUCUCACUGCGACACCCGACGGAGCAUUUCUCUUCGGCGGUGGAAUCUCAGGCAGCGUUCUAUCUAUCUCAGGUUCUUCCGGUGAUGUCAUCAGAUCAAUCGUUGUUCACUCAAGUCCAGUUUCCAGUCUCCAUCUGAGCGACGAUGGGUCACUCCUUGUUUCAGGUAGCGAAGAUGGAACAGUUGUUGUUCUCCCUAGCUUCAAGAUCGUUGUUUCGGGUUCCUUUGAGGAGAAUGUGGAAGACUUGAUCUUGCACAAGUGGAAGGCACAUUCUGAUUCCGUCACUGCUUUGAAGUCCGUGACGGGUACUUUGGUUUCUUGCUCAUUAGACCGAACGUGCAAGUUUUGGAAUCUGGGAAACCAUGGGGUCCUUAUGCAGAGUGUGGCAUUGCCGUGUUCCGUUUCUGGGGUUGCCCUAGAUUCAUCGGGGUCAACGUUUUACGCCGGUGGUGGUGAUGGGUUUGUUUAUAAUGGGUCGGUGGAGGCUUGUGAGGUGGGAAAAUGGGGGCAAAGCCAAAGUGGGUCGAUUGUGUCGCUGGCUUUGGUGAACGAAGAGAGGAAUGUGGUGUCUGCUGCAGAAGAUGGGAGUGUGUGGAUGUGGGAUGUUGAGAAAGGAGAAGUUGUGAUGGUUUUUGGGGAUGAAUUGAUAACCCUUAGCGACAUGAUUGUGAUCAAGGGAAAUGGUGGAGGGUUUGGAGUUGGAAAGGGACAUGGUGUCGAUGGGGAGGGUAGUGGGUCCUUCACUGCUUCUGGGUUGUGUGAUGAAGAGAUUCUUAAGACUCUGAAUCAAAUGACAGCCCUUGGGGAGGUCAAGGAUGUUGUGUUACAAGACAGGAAAAAGGCCAUUGAAAUGUUGGAAUCUGUGAUUGAAAUCCCAUUCAAGCUUGCCGUAAAUGUUGAGAAGCUAAAGCUUGAUCAUAAGGUUGUGAAAGAGAGCAAGAGAGAGAGCUUUAGACAGAAUAUCUGCAUGUUGGUGUUGAGUGCCGAUAUGGAGGAGCUUAAUGAUGCAUUGCUUGAUAUUUUUUCGCCAAUUACUGAUCUCCUCGUCGUAGGGCAUCCAUCCCAAUCAGAGUUGUAG